AUGGUCCCUAGAGGCACUGCGGAACGCGCCCCGACUCCCGCAGCGUUCAACCCCGCGGGCGCUCGGCCGGGAUCGGCAGCUCCCCGCAAACCCCGGAGACCCGGCUGCUGCCGCCUCCUGAUCCGCGUGGGUCCCGCGAGGGCGCGAAAGGCAGCCGCCGCGUUCGCUCCGGAUCUCAGAGCGAAAAGGCAGGGAAGCCCAGGGGGAAAAGUAAUAGUAGCCGUGACGGUCUGGGCUCUCUCCACCCCCGCAGGCCCGCGGAGACCGGACGGCACCGCCUCCCCUCCCCGGCCUCAGCCAACACGGUCCCCGGAGGCCAGGUCUCCGCGCCCGCGAUGCUCUCCCCGAGGUUCAGGCAGCUGCUUCCCGUGA